AAACAAUUGCAUCACCCGAAAGGUGAGUGACUUUUUUUCCCUCAACAAUUCAAUUAUAUUUCAUCAUAAGAUUGCUCGCAAAGUAAAAGAGAUCAGAGAGCGAUUGGACCUAAUUUCAGAAGAGAGAUUGAAAUUCCAUUUGAGGGAGAGACCCAUCCCGGAGAGACCUUUGGAGCGAGAGACCUACUCAUUUGGAGUCGAAUCUGAAAUUUAUGGCAGGGAUGAUGAUAAAGAGGAAAUCAUAAAUUUCUUAGUCCAUGUGGAUACCGAUGAGGAUAUCUCUGUUCUCCCAAUAGUUGGUUUGGGAGGAGUUGGGAAGACCACGCUUGCUCAGUUAGUCUACAAUGAUAGAAGGGUAGAAGAGCAAUUUGAACUUCGGAUGUGGGUUUGUAUCAGCGAGAAUUUUGACAUACCAAGGAUAAUAAGGGCAAUUAUCGAACGAGUGACCGGAACAAAUUGCGAGCUGUCUGACAUAGAGAUGAUGCAGUCUCUUCUUCGUGAAAAACUAAGAGAGCGGAGAUUUCUACUUGUUCUGGAUGACGUGUGGAAUGAGGAGGAAGCUGAAUGGGAAAGACUAAAACCUUUGCUGAGAGGUGGCAAGAAGGGGAAUAAAAUCAUAGUAACCACCCGCAGUGAAAGAGUUGCUCGCAUAAUGGGUAACUCUGCACCACUGAGAUUGCAAGGGUUAUCGAUUGAUGACUGCUGGACUUUGCUUAGGCAGAGGGCAUUUGGGCUGGGGCGAGCAGAAGAGACCCCAAGGUUGGUAAAAAUAGGGAAGGAGAUUGUGCAGAAGUGUGGGGGUUUGCCGUUAGCUGCAAAGGCUCUUGGAAGCCUAAUGAGCUCCAAGAGAGGGGAGGUGGAGUGGUUAGCUGUCAAAAAUAGUGAAAUCUGGAAACUACCUACGAAGGAGACCGGAAUAUUACCUGCCUUAAGAUUGAGUUAUGAUCAUUUGCCAUCUCACUUGAAGCAGUGUUUUGCCUACUGCUCGUUGUUCCCAAAAGAUUUUAGUUUUCAUAGAGAGAGAUUGAUUCAGCUGUGGAUUGCAGAAGGAUUCAUUCAACCAUCAGAUGACAAUAUGGAUUUGGAGAAUAUCGGCAGUCAGUUUUUCAAUAAUUUGCUAUGGUGGUCCUUUUUUCAGGAUGCAGUUUGGGAUUCUGAUGGUAACGUGAUUGUAUGCAAGAUGCACGAUCUAGUCCAUGAUCUUGCUUGCUGUGUCAAAGGUGAUGAGGCCAUCAUCAUGGAGGCGGGCAAGGACAAAAGCAUUUCCCAUAGAUGUCGCUAUUCAUCAGUUGAUUUUAAUAACGGCGAAGCAUCAGAAUGUUUACAGCUUGCCUACAAAACCAAGAAAUUGAGAUCACUUAUAUUUUUGCCGUGUUCCAGUGUUGUACACAUCAGAGAAUUCGCCUUCUAUGUGGUGUCAAAUCUUACUUAUUUGCGAGUACUGGAUCUACAUGGCACAGGGCUCAAAAGGUUAUCCAGCAGAAUAAGCAGAUUAAAGCAUCUAAGGUUCCUAGACCUUUCAGAAACAUUAAUUAAGGCAUUACCCGACUCGAUUACUUCUCUCUACAACUUGCAAGUGUUGAACCUUUCAUAUUGUCAUAAUCUUAAAGAGUUGCCCAAAGACAUGAGAAAAAUGAGAAAUCUCAGACAUCUGCUCAUUGUCGGAUGCUGUUGUUUGACUCACACGCCACCUAAACUGAGCCAGCUGAGUAACCUCCGCACACUGCCAAUGUUUGCUGUGGGCGAGGAGGAUGGAUGUAGCAUUGUGGAACUGCAAGAUCUCAACCUGAUUGGUAGCUCUCUGGAAAUCAGAAAUCUUCAUAAAGUGAAGGAUCCGAAGGAAGCAAUGCAAGCAAAUUUGAAGGCAAAGGCAAACCUGCAGUCGUUGACAUUGUCUUGGAAAAGAUAUUGGGCUUCGUCACCAACACCAUCUUCUGAUGUGUUUGAAAGGCUCCUACCUCAUCCUAAUUUAAAGGAGCUGACAAUAGAGGGCUACAUGGGCAUCAGAUUACCCACUUGGAUGGCAAGGGCGAAACAAGUGUCAACUUUAUUUUCAGACCUGGUCGAGCUCAGAUUGUGGGGUCUGAAGUGGUGCGAGCAUCUUCCACCGCUCAGCCAAUUGCCCCUUCUGAAGCGUCUCGAUAUAUCUGGAAUGGAUGCUUUGAGGAAAAUAGAGGAGGACGGUGGCAGCAGGUGUGUUUCGUUAGAAGAAUUCAGAUUAACAGAGAUGCCCGAAUUGGAAGAGUGGCGUGUAACACCAACAACAGAGUCGUUCCCUCAUCUCAGGUCUUUGGUAAUACUAUCGUGCCCCAAAUUAAUGGUGCAACCAUGCAUCCCGUCCUCAGUCGAGGAUCUUCAGAUAUCAGGAAAUCAGAUGCUGUUAUCGGCGGGAAGCAUUGGAGGGUUGUCCAAACUUAAAAGUCUCUGGAUUUCGAACUGUGGAGUAUCAUCAAAGUCUGGGUGGUGGGGUGGGCUGCAAUACCUCACUGCCCUUCAGUGUCUGGAAAUUAAGUACUGUGAUGAGCUAAACCGUUUGCCAGAGGGUGUUAUGUACUUGUCCUCACUCCGAACCCUUUCUUUGUCAGAUAACAGAAAUCUAAAGAGUCUAGAAGGGGGAAGAAGGGAGCCUCUGUUCACAGCCCUCUGCAGUCUGACGAUAAUGAAUUCCUAUGCAAUGGCUGCUUUGCCAGAGUGGGUAUGGGGCCUCAACUCGCUCCAGUUUUUAUCGCUUUUGUUUUUGUGAUAACCUCGCAAUGCUGCCUGGCCUCCCUACGCUUCGAGACUUGUGGAUUCUGCACUGCCCCAUUCUGGCAAGGCGAUGCGAGAGGGGGAGAGGCGAGGACUCGCCCAAGAUUGCUCACGUCCCAAACAUUUUCAUAGGAGGAGUAGAAAAGGAGGAAGAUAGAGAACAAACCAGCAAAAGAUGUACCUUCGCUACAAAAUUUGUUGUCCAGUAGCAGCUCCAUUCCGAGGAAGUAAACUCUUUUGGGGUUUUCAGAUUUUGAUGAGGUUUACAGUAGACGAUGCUAGUUCGUCCCCACAAGUGAACGCCUCAUGGAAAGCAAACCCCAGGUUGUAUGUACGGCAUGCUAGAGUCGGGGGAGGUUGGAGUAUAUGGUGGGUUUGUAAGAGUGUUACUGUAAGGUUCGUCCUUGAAGCUCCAUGUUGGUUUGUUCAUUGUUGAGCAUCUGAAAAACUUUCUAAAUGUUUAGUUUCAGUUCUCCAUUAUGAGCUUCAGUCCAGCAUUCCAAUAGGUUGACUGCUUUCUUCAGAGUUUGCCAAGGCGAACUUGCUUCCCAUCUGAAGAUUCUGGCAUUUCUUUCCUUCCAGAUCAGCCAUAUCAAUGUUGUAAAGAAGCAGUCAAAUUCGUCCGAUCUUGUGGCGUUCUUCCUUGAUCUCCAUGAAUUCCACAUGUGAAACAUGGUGUUUGGUAGUAUGCGAAUACAUAACUGCCUUUGUAUUUGAGACCAUAUUAUCUUUGUGUAAGCACUCGUAAAGAAGAUAUGGUCUGUUGUUGCGUCCGCUUCUCCACACACCACACAUGCCAUUGAUUGAACCCAGUUCCUCUUUCUCA